UAGCUGCCUUUAUAAAAAGUUCUUCCAGUUUUGCAUACUUCCUCAUUGAGCUAGUUUCACUGCAAAGAUGAAGAAGCUCAUUUACUUAGUCUUGUUUAAGACAGCUCUGCUUGCUUUUACAAAUGUUUCUGCACUUGCAGAUGAACAUACAGAGCAUGUUAAAGAAGGCAAAGCUAUUGAUGCUUGUCCUAUAAAGCUCAAAACCAAUGGGGAAUGUGAAGAAGGAGAGGAAUGUCCAUAUCAGAUAAACCUGCCUCCGAUGACCAUCCAGUUACCCAAGCAGUUCAGACUGAUUGAGAAGACUCUCAAAGAAGUACAAAAUCUUAAAGAUGUAGUAAACAAAUUGAAGAAAUCUUGCCAAGACUGCAAGUUGCAGGCAGAUGACAACCAAGAAAAAGAUAGUACUGAAUUCCUGGCACCUAAUACAGAAGUCCCAACAGAAAACAGUAAGAUACAAGAUAACAGAGUAAAGGAAUUACAGAGCAAAGUUAAUAAACUGUCAGCCAGUUUGAAGAAUGCAAAGAAUCGGAUCCACUCACUGCAGGGUCAUCUGGAAAAAAUAAGCCUCAUCAACAUGGACAACGUAGAAAGUUAUGUCGACAGCAAAGUAGCAAAUCUGACAUAUGUUGUGAACAAUUUGGAUGACAGAUGUUCUUCUAAGUGUCCAGUCAUACAAUCAAGUCCUGUUAUACAACUAAUGCAGAGAGACUGUGCUGAUCAUUACACAGCAGGUAGAAGGCGUAAUGGAAUCUACAGAGUUAUUCCUGAUCCAAAAAAUAAUAGCUUUGAGGUUUACUGUGACAUGGAAUCAAUGGGAGGUGGCUGGACAGUGCUACAGAUGCGUCUAGAUGGUAGCAUUAACUUCAACAGAACAUGGAAUGACUACAAAAAUGGCUUUGGAAAUCUCAGCAGGGAGUUUUGGCUGGGGAAUGAUAAAAUUCAUCUCCUGACCAAAAGCAAAGAUAUGCAGCUGAGAAUUGAGCUUGAAGAUUUCAAUGGUCUUCGAGAGUAUGCGAAAUAUGAACAGUUCUAUGUAGCCAAUGAAUAUCUCAAGUACCGUCUAAGUGUCAGUGGCUACAGUGGUACAGCCGGAGAUGCCCUGCACUUCAGUAAACAUUACAACCACGAUCAAAAAUUCUUCAGUACUCCGGACAAAGACAAUGAUAAGUAUCCAUCAGGAAAUUGUGGGGCUUACUACAGCUCUGGCUGGUGGUUUGAUAAAUGUUUGUCUGCCAACCUAAACGGCAAAUACUAUCACAAAAAAUACAAAGGUAUUCGCAACGGGAUUUUCUGGGGCACGUGGCAUGAUGUUUCUAAUGAUCUUCCAAAUGGUUAUAGGCAAGCUUUUAAACAGGUAAAAAUGAUGAUCAGACCCAAAGCCUUUGUGCCAUAAAUCAGCAUCCUCUGCUGUAACCAGUUUGUAAUGGUCAUACUAAAAACAUCAUACUUAUUCAGUAUCAUAUUCAAAAUACAAAUAUUGGAGUAUUUUAAUAUUCAAUUCUAAUAUAAUCCUUCCAAGAUGAAAGAAAGUAUCUCAACAUAAAAUGUUUAUUGAUCCCCCUCCAUGCCCUAUAAAGACAGUUUUAAUGCUUCAGAGUAGCUGUUGCUAAAACUUCAGCAUUGCUAAAUUCUGAAUUUGAAGGCAUUGAUUUUAAUGUUUCAGUUGUACUUUUACUAUCCGCAGCAUACCAGGUUUCUACAAUCUACAACUUUUAAAAACUUCUACAAAGGUAGCUGAAUGAAAACCCAUAUUUUUUGCCUGAAAAUAUCUCGCAAACAUUUCUGAUUACAUGUAACCACUUAAGAUGAAACUCAGUAUCUGCUUAUCUGGAUCUCAUUAUAUCAUCUGUGCCUUCAUAAACAUUACAAAUAUAUGAUCACAACACCACCACGAACUUAGAAAGUGGUAUCCUAUUUUAAAAUGACUGAGGCAGAGAUCACCUAAUUUGCUCAAAGUCACAAAGCAACAUUGGACACAGAGUCAGGAAUUGAAAACAGAUUUUCUGAGUUCCCAGUCCAUCCCCUUGAUCAAAAGACCAUCCAACCAAGUAUAGUUGCAGAGUUGAACAAAAGGAAAUGGAAAGGGUGUGUAGACUAAGUAUGGAGUGAAACAGCACCUCCACAGGAUGUUUUCCCCCAAGCUGUUUGCUUCGAGACCACGCUUUUUGCUUCUUUGAUGAAGGAAAGUCAACAGCUCCACAGCUUGUCAGAGAGCUAUGCUAGCAGGACUGGAGCAGGAAGCAUCAGAAAGGAUUGAGUUCUUGUAUUAUUGCCUCCAGAUCUACAGAAAUGGAGUUUGGUUCCCUUACAGCCUAAAACCGCGUGGUUUCACACCCAAAUCUCCCUUCCUCUGCAUCCUCUAUUCAAGGUGAACUUUAUGAGAUUGCAAGGAUUCAAACUUAAUUUUUUUUAACUUGUCAGAAUUUUUUAUUUAUCACCAGGGAAAAGAUUAUGUAGAAAAACACACACCCAAAUAUAAAAUCAAAGUAGGGUUUCCCCCCAAUGAAUGACUUUUAUACAAUGAACAGAAGGGAAGCAGAGAUUUUCUUGUUAUUGUUGUUCUGAAGUGUAAGAAAUAAAAUGUAACAGACGUUCAAACAUUUCAUGAAUUACAAACCAAAGAGACUUUCCAAAUCAUAAUGAAUACUGUACAUAGUGAAUUUAAAUUUGAUAAGAUUAAGGCCUUGUCUGUACUUAGACAGGUUAUACUGGCUCUCAGAACUAAGUAAGUUAUAGUGGGACAAAGACUUUUUGCUGGUAUAACUGCAUCUACAGUAAGGCUUUUCCUGGCAUAGCUACAUCAGUCAGGGGUAUGACUUUUUCACACCUAACCAACAUAGCUAUGCCAGCAAAACUUUUAAGCGUAGUCAGGUCCAAUACUUACAAACAUGACAUUUACUACUUUUCGAUAUACCAAACUGAAUUGUGCAUUAGUGAUUUAUGUACAAUGAUCUAUGGUGACAAUGACCAAAUUAUAAGAUAUUAAUAUAUUUUAAAGGAAUUAUAAAUAUUUUGAUGAGAAAUGUCAUUUGCUUUAUUAUGUUUUCAUUUUAAAAGAUGGAUGGAAGAUUUUAAUACUAUCCGAUGUAUACUCUUUGCUCGAGAACACAUUUUGAAGUUACAUUGUAUUUCAGGAUAAAAAGGAAUUAUUUAAACAAAAAAAAGUUUUUGAUGCACUGGCUAGAAGAGCCAUUUUUAGUAGAAUAUUAUUGUAUUUAAUCACUUGGUAUAAAGUGCACUAACUGUUCCUAAACAAUGAAAAAGAAAUGUAUUUGGAAACUUAUUACUCAGCUAAUUUGUUACAAGUGAAACUGACCUUUGUUUCUUGUUUAAUGAUCCUUUUUUUAAAUUAUAGACAUUUAAAAAUCAGAAUACUAUUUAUAUUAUUUACAGGAUUCUUGACAUGUUGUUAAAGGGAAAAAAUCAGUCUAAUGUUGAUAGUUUCAAAGCUGGAUACUGCCUUCCUAGAACUAGUGGGCUGGAUUCUCCAAUUAUUCACAUUAGUUUUAUACAAGUGUAACUUCAGUGAUUUCAAUGGCGUUACUCUCAAUUUACACUGGUAUGAAUAAAGGCUAAUUCACACCCAUUAUGUCCAUACGGCAGUUAUAGUACCUGUUUGAAAGGUUCCUUGAUCUGAAUCCUCGAACACAGUAUCUCACAAAUUAUUCCUUUGAUGUUCUAUAACAAUUCAAUCACUGAUGAAACAGACUGCAGUAAGCGAACUCAGAAUGGCCAACUGUUGACAAAAGGGCUGUGGAAUUUUACACAGCUGACUAUGGGUACCUUCCAGCUAUGGAGGUGCAGUCUAUGGACACUACAGGCGAGCACAUAAUACCAAUGGCUGAAUUCUCAGACAUCAAUGUCAGGUUACUCAUAUACUGCUGCAGAACGAUUGGGUCCCAGACCCUGUAGUUUUCAUAGGCUGCAUCUCCAUAUUAAAGAUAAGGCAGCUGUAAACUGAUCUGUUUUUAAAUUAUGUGAGAUCUUUGGGCUCAUGUACAGCUGUUAACAUGAUCCUUGACUGGACAAAGUUUAGCAUCUCUGAAUUAAAGCAUUUAAAAAAGAAAUCUUAUACAACCUAAACACUCUCUUUCUCUACACAUGGGCUUAAUAAUGCAAAGUAUGUCUUUCAAUUUACAAAAAACACAUAUAUGAUAAUAAAAUUUUUAAUCUAAUAAAUGCACUUGUCUUUUUGAUCUGGAUACAAUUAAAUGUUGGAUUUUUAGUAAUGAAGAUUAUUAACAUCAGAUUUUCAAGCAAAGGUCCUAUGGGACACUUUUCCACAGAAUACGAAAUAAAACUCAUCUGUUCAAAGUGAUCAGCCAAGCAUGCUAUAAUUUCCUGGCAUUCCAUGGGGUUGUUUAAACAAAGAAAACUACCGAGAAGGAAAGACAAAGAAUAUCUUUAGAACUGAAAGCCAUAUUAAACAGCACUGAUUUGCCAUUUUUCAUGCAAGUAACAGUGGGAAUAACUCUAUUCAUCUCAGUUAAAACGCCAUGUUCAGUGGUCUUUUGACAGACACAGGGGUCUCUCAAAACUUCAGAAAAGACCUACUUAAGAUGUUGAGUUAAAAUAUUUCUUUCUCUAAGAAGCUUUUCAUGCAAGUGUCAGACCACAACUAUGUUUAAAUUUAUCUGACAUUUUCAAAGGAAGUUAAAAUGAGAUAAGAUGAGACCACACCUGGAACACUGUGUUUAUAAUUUAACUACUGCAGCUCAUUAUUUUUUUUUAAUUUAAAAAGGGAGUAUUCUGCCAAAAAAAAAAAAACUUACCUGACAUAGAAAUGACAGAAAAGGGUUUGUUUUUGUUUUUGUUUUUAAAAGCAAAGUAUUACCUAAAAGUUUAAACUUUCUCAGUGUAAUAAAGAUCCAAAUAUUGACUUGCCAAAGAGA